CAAGAACGUAUUUCGUCGAGACAGUGCUUCGGUUGUUCUUUUUCCUAUUGGCAUUUCGAAUUCGAGAAAAAAUCGGUGGUGGUAUUUCAAGGAUUCGAACAGCAUACUUUAGUCCAAAAAAUCUUGCAGCACCGAUUUCAUUCGCGAAUCGAUUUCUCCUGCAUCGAUCAUAUUUCCAAAUAAUUCUAAAUAAUUGGAUAAAAUCGUCAGGCUCUGCGGUGAUGAACCGGGACGACGACGAUUUCGGGGAGGGUUUUAUCGCUGAAUCCCACCCUUUGAGGGCGACGCAUCUUUCGGUACCCGCCGGUGGUAUGAACAAUUCAAGAGCGCCAAGUAUCAGCAGCAGUGUAAGCGACUUGGACGUUCCCAUCUACACGAGGGAAACCACCGUUCCCGUUUCAGCGAGAGGGGGUCUCAAUGGGCGCCUGGCUUUCGCUAUUGCGGCCGCAGCCCUUGGCUCGUCUUUCCAGCACGGUUACAACACCGGAGUUGUGAAUUCGCCGGAAAAGCUUAUUACGGCGUGGAUAACAGACGUGAACGGAAAUCGGACGAAUAUUCGUCCGACGGAAUCGGAGGUGACGACAAUAUGGUCUACGGCAGUUGCGAUAUUUUGCAUCGGUGGAAUGAUAGGCGGAUCCCUGAUCAGCGUGGUGGCGGACAAACUCGGCAGAAAGGGAGGCCUGCUAGCCAACAACGUCCUGGUCCUCCUCACCGUGCUGUUCGAAGGUCCGGCUAAGGCUGCCGGAAGCUACGAGAUGCUGAUUAUUGGCAGAUUUUUCAUCGGCAUAAAUUCGGGCUUAAAUGCCGGCCUGGCACCGAUGUAUCUUGCAGAAAUAUCUCCGGUUCAUUUGCGGGGCGCGGUCGGGACCGUUUAUCAGCUGGUCAUCACCAUCUCGAUCUUGACUUCCCAAAUCCUUGGAAUGGAGACACUUCUCGGGACAGCCGAGCAGUGGCCUCUACUUCUCUCCCUGACGAUCGUUCCAGCGAUAUUUCAACUCGCCACUUUACCUAUUUGCCCGGAAAGUCCGAAAUACCUUUUGCUCAGCAAGGGACAGGAUUUGAAGGCCCAGAAAGCCCUGGCCUGGCUCCGUGGCACGAUCGAAGUUCAGGAUGAGAUGGAAGAAAUGCGAGCCGAAUACGAGUCGCUUAAGAUGAUUCCGACGGUGACGCUGCGGGAAUUAUUCGUCAAUUCGGCACUCAGAAUUCCGAUAAUAAUAUCGAUAGUGAUUAUGCUCGCCCAACAGUUCUGCGGUAUAAACGCCGUGAUGAUAUUCUCAACAAACAUAUUCAGAGCCGCUGGUCUCGACCCGAUAUCGGCCCAGUACGCGACCCUUGGAACCAGCGGUAUCAACGUACUCAUGACAGUGGUGUCUCUUGUCCUGGUGGAAAAAGCCGGUAGGAAAACUUUGCUGCUCGUCGGUUUCAGCGGAAUGUUCGUCAGCAGUAUUGUCCUAACAGCCUGUCUCGCUUUCGCGGAGACCGUUCCCGUUGUGGCUAACUUGUCCAUCUUCGUUGCGAUCAUGUUCGUCCUGUUCUUCGCUGUCGGACCCGGAAGUAUACCCUGGUUCUUGGUCUCCGAGCUAUUUUCCCAGGGCGCAAGACCCGCGGCAACCGCUGUGGCGAUCUUCACCAACUGGGCAGCCAAUUUCGUUGUCAGUAUGGGAUUUCUGCCGCUUAAGAACCUUCUGGGAGGUUACGUCUUCCUUAUAUUUGCCGGCCUCCAAAUGGUGUUCAUACUUUUCGUAUGGAGAAAAGUACCGGAGACAAAGAACAAGACCAUGGAGGAGAUCAGCAGCAUGUUCAGACAGAUUUCUUAUCAAUGAGAACAAGUUUGUUGAUAGAAUUAGGUGUAAAAGUUACACCUCGUUAAGAAACGAACUUCGGUAUCGAAUCCGAUCGCUGCGACGUCCGGAAUCCCAUUUCCUGACCGUUAUGUGCACUGAGAUUAUUGAGGAGUCAUACCGGUAUUUUUUGAUCUUUACAAUCCAUACGUAAUGCGGGACGAGUGCUACACGUCGAUUGAUAAAUUACAUUGUAUGAAGAAGAAAACAAAAUGGAGUAAAUUACAAGGUCAAAUGACAGUCGGGAUGUGUUGGAUUCCGAGCAGAUUGUGUUCCGAUCUUUACAUAAUUAAAAGAAAAACAGUUUAGUUCCUAUUUAUUUUUGGAGCCAAAACUUAGUAUCCAAAAUGGACAAACGAAUGUCGCACAUAUUAUUAUCAAAUAAUCCUGGAAAUAUAAAAUGCGUCAAGAGAAUGGCGUGGACGUGUAGUCAGUAUUUCCUCAUAUUGGGGGAGAGUGAAGGGGGGAGACUUGUACAGCUUUGAAAGCUUUUGGAUUUUUUUUUUUUAAUGCAAUCUAGUCGCGUGAAAUGUACCUCUUUGGACGUUACCUUGAGAAGUUCGUAUGAUGAUAUGUAAAAUUGAAAGAAUAUCUGAUUGAAUCGGUAAUUAUAAUAAAACGGUACAGGCAAUUUUGUGGAGAGGCGUCGCGCGUAUUAUCCGUGUACGUAAAUUUGUUUGAAAAGCUCGAUGGAAAGAUUAAACAGGUAAUAUAUUUAUAUAAAUAUAUGUAUAUAUGUACAUUAUGUGUUAUGUUGUGAAAUGAUGUUUGUCGCUUUGUCUAUUGUAUUUGUAUCUUGUGUGAUAUGAAAAUGUGACAAACGUAAUACAUUUCACAUAGGUAUAUAUACAUACAUAUAAAUACUUACUCAAAAAGCAUCUGUGUCAUGAUUGUAAAUACAACAGUUUGAUGUAUAAAACUGUAUAGCUUGUAGUUAAUAGUAAUUAUUAUUAUUAUAUUUAUGUAUAGGGAUAACAAUAAUAACAAUAAUGACAUAAGUAAUUAUAUAAGAUGUGCACAAUGAUGUUGUUUUACAUAUUUUGCAAGAAUUAUUUAUUCAAAACAAAAAACAACUAUGAGCAAACAAAGCUAGAAAAAGAAAAUUUAAUAACAUUAUGGAGAAUUCUUUGAUCGGCUGGUAGAAAUCAAAAAUAAAGAAACAAGCUAAAAAUAAAUGGAAUAUUUAUUUCGUAAGAUAUAUUUGAAUCGCGGCUUGCUUUGAAUUGUGUUUGACGUGCGAUUCUUUUAGUACAUAUAUGUAUUAUGUAUAUAUAUACAUACACACACAUAUGUAUACAUAUAUUUAUAUAGGUAUGCAUAGUGCUCAAAUAUCAUAAUUGUUUCUGACUUGGAUUCGUGAAAUAAAUAAUUUUAAAUUAAAAAAACACCAUGUAACAUGGAAGAUAGGCUGAAUUGAAAUACGGCAGAUAUUUUUUUGGAAAAUAUUUGAAUGAUUAUAGAUUUAGUAAAAAUAUAUACCUAUAUAGAUUGAAAUAUUUAUUGCGACAAAUUUCGCAGUCAAAAUAUUAGUCGAUGUUUCCCUGUAAUAGGAUCAAAAAUUUUAGCGAGUUGCUUUCGAUUGAAAAAAUAUCGUGAGGGUAGAGAAAUUAUGAUAAAUUAAACGAGUUGUAGGUUAUUUUUAGAAAAAAAUUAUAUAUGAAUACCUGAGUUGAAAAUUUUAGUAAAAUUUGACUGUGAGCAGUCUGCCUAUAAAGAAUUGUUAACAAAUGGAAAUUAUUUUGUAAGCUUACAGAAUAUGCCAUUUUAUUGAUUAUUGUAUAAGUUUUGCAAUGCAGUUAUAGCAUUUAGUGUAGCGGGUGUUCUUUUAUAUACAAGACGAGUGACUUUAGUUACUAUUAAACAAUAUAUUGUAUAACAUUUUAACAUCGAAUGAUCGAUGGUAACAAUUUCAUCAACUCACGAUUCAGUAGCAAACCGAAAGUGUAUGUAUCUAUACGUAAAUUGAAAUUAUACGUUGAAUAUUAAAGAAUUUUGAUAAUAAGUUCUCCGAAAGAAACCAACAAUUUUUACCGGUCAUUAUAUUCAUUAUCUUCGUCUCAGAAUAUCAUCACAUCAUUUUUGUAUGGCAAUUCCACGUCUUAUAGGUAUUUACUGUAUCGUUAAUACUCAUCAAAGCACGAUUGUAAAAUCGUAUUGUCAUGUUUAAUAGAAUAUGUUCAGAAUUCAUGUCUCGUUUUCAUCGCUACACGCAUAUUUUAGAUACAAUAUACAGUUGUGAAAAUAAAAUAUAACAUCCGAUAA